AAUGACUAACAUUAUCCACGUGAUUGGAUUGGGGAGAGCACAAGCCAGUAAACGCCCGAACCAUGCAGGCUGGACCAGCGGCGCUCUCUGUUUAUGCUCUGCGCUUGGGACCAGGAGAAGACAUCCUUUCUACCUUGGUCAAAUUUGUGAAGGACAAGAAGCUAAAAUCUCCCUUCAUCAUGACUUGCGUGGGGAGCAUCACCAAAGCAACAUUGAGACUAGCAAAUGCCACAGCUUCAAAUACUAAUAAGAUUGUUCACCUAGAUGAACGUUUUGAAAUUGUUUCCUUGGUUGGGACUCUGAAUGAAGCUCCUCACCUACAUAUCUGCCUGUCUGACAAGGAUGGCAAGACUAUUGGGGGGCAUGUUGUGAGUGACUUGGAAGUCUUCACCACAGCUGAGAUAGUGGUUGGGGAAUGUGAUGGCCUGUGGUUCAGUCGGGAGAUGGAUGGCAGCACUGGUUUCCCAGAACUUGUGAUUAGUUCUUGCUCUAAAACAGCUUAGCAGUGCCUGUCCUGUAAAUUAUGUGUCCCCUCUGCGCCCAAAAGUGGAUGAAAUAAAUGGAGCUGGAGCAUGCUUUCUUGCUCUUAAGCGGGCGCCUAUUGAUCCAGACAUAUUUUCACUCAGAGGGAAAGACAAUUCUUCAGAGCAAGGACAGAAUAAAAUAAUUUCAAGCUAA